CGCUUUCGCGUCCACCAUCUCGCAAUGUCCGCGAACGACAAGCUUCAGAGUCAGAGGGACGACCCGCCGUCCCCCAUCGUGGGGGAAAACCUCGCCCGCAUCGUCCUCUCGCUCAUCUUCCCCGUCCUCUCGGCCAUAGGCCUGGGUCUCUCCUUCCUUCCCAGCCCAUACGAGAACAAGAGCCCGAACCUCGCCUUUGGGCCGGUCAACUUCGCAGGGCACAGCAACUGGGUGUUCCGGGACGAUGUGGCCGCCGCGCAGGUCGUGCUCUCGUCCGGGCACUCGUCGACCGAGCCGGCGCGCUUCAUCACAGCCUUCCCCCACGGCAACACGGGCACGCUGGCCUACUUCCGCCCCGUGAACAACCCUCUGGGGGUGACGCUCGCCUCUGGUUCGCUGAGCAGCGUGAGUGGCGAGCACGGCCAGGUGGGGAUCACUGGCGUGCUGGAAGCGUCGGGCGACUUUGACUUUGGCGUCACCAUCCUGGGGAGCGUGCGCGCCGUGCGCGACUACGUCGAGGGCGGCGGCGUCCUACACCCCGAGUUUGAGCACUCGGUAGCGGAGCGCAACGACUCGUCGGUCACCUUUAGACGCAGCUGGCUACACGGCGACGUGGUCCAGUACCUCCGCUUCGACGCCGAGGCGAACGCCGCCAUCCGGCUGUCGACCUCCUGGCCGCCCGUGGUCGGAGUGACGCGUCUCCAGUCGGCCCGGAACGCGACCCUGCGUUUCACGACAACGUUCAACUUCACCUCCAGCACGGCACCGCGCGGCCUCAGCCCCGCCGAGCUGUUCGUCAAGUCUGACGCGUCGACGCCGGCCGUGCUCGCGUCGGUGCUCAAGGCGAUCAAGUACAAGGCGCACGAUGUGACGCAGCAGCUCGUGUUCUUGUCCUACUCGGACCUGUUCCUCGCCGGCGGGUGGCGCUUCCUCACUUACUUUGGCCGCGAUACGCUCAUCACGCUCAAGCUCUUGCUUCCGGUGCUCUCGCCCGAGGCUACCGAGGGAAUCCUCGCUGCUGUGAUCCAGCGCAUCGGUCCCAACGGAGAGAUCUGCCAUGAAGAGACUGUCGGCGACUAUGCUUCAUUCCUCAACAUUCGCAAUGGAAAGCCUGAGCUCGGCACCACGCCUGUGUACGACUACGCAAUGGUGGACACCGACUUCCUCCUCCUACCCGUGUUGGCAGACUACUUCCUCACCUCCGCCGGGAAGGCGCGCAAGGCGGCUUUCCUGGCCCGCAAGUCGACCCUCGUGCCGGGCUCGUUCGAGGAGCUUGUCCGCCGAAACGCGAAGCGGGUGCUGAACCUCACCGCAUCGUUCCCACAUGACCACAGCGUGGAUAACCUCAUUCCGAUCCGGGCGUACCCAGUCGGAAACUGGCGCGACUCGCAUGCGGGCCUCGGCUGGGGACACUACCCGUUCGACCUAAACUGCCCGCUCUUCCUCGCUGCCCCGUUGGCGAUUGGAGAUGUACUUCCAGACCUCUAUCAGCAGAAUACACGCCGCCCCUCACAAUCAAAUGGCUGUGACUUGUUCCAAGUGACUGUCACCCCGGAGGCUGCCGAGGCCUCCCUCGCCCAGUACAUCGAGAGAGCCAACCUCCCCUCGUCGUUGCUCUACGGCGCCGGCUCCCUCAACUCGACUGGUACCCCUUCAGCUGGAUGGAGUGCACCAAACCAGACGAUUGGUGGAGAUGGCACCUCGACAAUCUAUGCCCUCUCAAUCGUGGACGCCGACGACCGCUCGACGGUCAAUGUCCUGAACUCGGAUAUCGCCUACACUCUGGCCUACGACACAGUUUCCUCGCCUACCGAGUUGCGCGCGACCGUCGAAGCCCUCCAGCCUUACCCCCGCGGCCUGCUCACCAACGUCGGCAUGGUCGUCGCCAGCGCGGCGUACGACACGAACGCCACCAGGACCAAAGAGUUCUCAAACCUCGCAUACCACGGUGCCGUCGCCUGGAGCUGGCAGCAGGCGCUCAUGGCCGCCGGGCUGUCGAAACAGCUCAGCAAGUGCGGCCUCUCGAACAACACCGAGACCGCACUGCCCCCACCUCCCUUGGAGCUCGACCAGCUUCCACCGGCAUGGUGUAACGACACCCAGCUCGUCGAGUCCCUCCAGCAGGCUCAGACCCGUCUCUGGGACUCGAUUGCCGGCUCAGAGUCGGUGCUGUACACCGAAGUCUGGAGCCCGGUGUUCAACGCCGCAAAGGGCAAGUUUGACAUUGGCGACCUCGGUGCCAUCAGCCCAGAUGGAACAGAGGGCGACGCGUUCCAGCUGUGGAGCUACGCCUUCCUGGGCCUCGUCGACCCGCGCACCAGCCGGCCCGUAGCGGCCAGCUUCGUCAGACCAUCAUCGACCUUGUAAAACCAUCGACGACAAUAACGCUGCGGACGUUCAAUCCCGAUGAUGAUGCA